AAAAAAAAGAAAAUCUCUGUUAAAACAAUUCUGGAGGGUUUAUCAGUCUCAGCGCGCUAGAUCGUCGAGAGGUUUCUACAUUGAUCCACAAGAACAACGAGAGAGAAUGAGAAGUAACCGAUCGCCGAUCUUAACGGUUUUAGUGUUCAUUUUCUUCCUUGGUUUCGAUUCCAGCGACGCACUCUAUGGAGCAUCGUCUCCAGUUCUUCAACUAACUCCUUCCAACUUCAAGUCCAAGGUUCUGAACUCAAAUGGCAUCGUUCUAGUUGAGUUUUUCGCACCUUGGUGCGGUCAUUGUCAAGCCCUUACGCCUGUAUGGGAGAAAGCGGCUACCGUCUUGAAAGGAGUUGCAACAGUAGCAGCACUUGAUGCAGACGCGCAUCAGUCACUUGCUCAGGAAUAUGGCAUUAAAGGAUUCCCAACCAUAAAAGUCUUUGCACCUGGAAAGCCUCCGGUAGACUACCAAGGAGCUCGGGAUGUUAAACCCAUUGCAGAAUUUGCUCUGCAACAGGUGAAGGCUCUUUUAAAGGAACGUCUAAGUGGAAAAACAACUGGAGGAGGGUCAAAUGAGAAGGCAGAACCUAACGCUUCAGAAGAAUUGAAUUCUCGCAACUUUGAUGAGUUAGUGAUAAAAAGUAAAGAUCUCUGGAUUGUGGAGUUCUUUGCACCUUGGUGUGGACACUGUAAAAGAUUGGCUCCAGAAUGGAAGAAGGCUGCUAAAAAUUUGAAGGGGAAGGUGAAGUUGGGUCACGUAGAUUGUGAUGCCGAGAAGUCUCUAAUGAGCAGGUUUAAUGUUCAAGGAUUCCCCACCAUCUUGGUAUUUGGUGCUGACAAGGACAGCCCAAUUCCUUAUGAGGGUGCAAGAACAGCGUCAGCAAUCGAGUCAUUUGCUUUAGAGCAGCUAGAGACAAAUGUUGCACCCCCAGAAUUGACGGAGCUGACUGGUCCUGACGUCAUGGAAGAGAAAUGUGCGUCGGCUGCCAUAUGUUUUGUUGCUUUCCUGCCUGACAUUUUGGAUACAAAGGCCGAAGGAAGGAACAAAUACCUCGAGCAAUUGUUAUCAGUUGCCGAGAAGUUCAGAAGAAGUCCCUACAGCUAUGUUUGGGCAGCUGCCAGUAAACAACCCGAUCUUGAAAAGCAUGUCGGAGUUGGUGGAUAUGGAUACCCUGCUUUGGUAGCUUUGAAUGUGAAGAAAGGAGCAUAUGCUCCCCUUAAGAGUGCAUUUGAGCUCGAACAUAUUAUUGAGUUUGUAAAAGAAGCUGGCCGUGGAGGUAAAGGGAAUUUGCCCCUAGAAAGCUCUCCAGAGAUUGUGAAGACAGAGCCAUGGGACGGUAAAGACGGUGAGGUUAUCGAAGAGGACGAGUUCUCGCUUGAAGAGCUUAUGGGAGGCGAAGAUGAGACUGUAACUAAGGAUGAGCUAUGAAGAAGUCAAAGCUAUAAGCAGCAGUAGUGAAGGGAGAACGUCGAGUUAAAAAAGAGAAUGAUGAUUUUUGAGGUUAUUAGGACAGUUUGGUGUUCGUGUUCCUUCCUAAUGUUUAAAUUAAAUGAUCGACCUUUCUUUCAUGGUUGAGGUGGUUGCUUAUUGUUACCACUUUCUUGUGAUUAUUUUUGCCCCUCUUUA